UUAAUCACUCCUCUCUCCCGUUCGGAGCGCUCUCUCUCUCUCUCUCUCUCUCUCUCUCAUCCUGCGGCGAAAGAAGCCCACUUUUCUCUCUCCUCUCUCUCUCUCUCUCUCCGCUCCUUCCCCAGUUGGAAACCCCUUCUCUUUGCCGCUUCCGUGUCCAAGAAGCCGCGUCGAUCUCUUCGUCGAUUCCUCGGAUUCAAUUCGAUCCGGAGAUCCGAGUUUGGGAUCUCGUCAUUCCGAUCUACCCCGGUUGAGAUCUCGCCACCUCGAAGAUGAAUAAUCUCCUAACGGAUUCCUUCGAGCUCCCUCGAGGCCAGACGUCAAGAGGCGGAGACAUUGAAUUAGGGCAGGCCCAACAAAAUACUGCAGAAUUAGGACUGGAUGAUUUCUUCAAGCAGGUUCAAGAGAUAGAGAAACAAAUUGACAAGCUCUCUAAGCUGUUGAAGAAAUUACAGACUGCAAAUGAGGAGUCGAAGGCUGUUACAAAGGCGGCUGCUAUGAAAGCAAUCAAGCAGCGGAUGGAAAAAGAUAUUGACGAAGUGGGUAAAAUUGCUCGUCUAGCAAAGUCAAAGCUUGAAGAGCUGGACAAAGAUAAUUUAAGCAAUAGACAAAAGCAAGGAUGUGGCAAGGGUUCAACUGUAGAUCGUUUGCGAACGUCAAAUACUGUAGCAUUGAAGAAGAAACUAAAAGAGAGGAUGGAUGAUUUUCAGUCUCUAAGGGAAACCAUCCAUCAAGAAUACAGAGAAGUUGUUGAAAGAAGAGUCUUUACAGUAACUGGCACUCGAGCUGACGAAGAGACUAUCGACCAAUUGAUAGAGACAGGAAAUAGUGAACAGAUCUUUCAGAAUGCUAUUCAAGGACGUGGUCAGGUAAUGGACACCUUAGCCGAAAUACAGGAACGUCAUGACACUGUAAGGGAAUUAGAGAGAAAGCUUCUUGAACUGCAACAGAUAUUUCUCGAUAUGGCGGUCUUGGUUGAGGCUCAAGGAGAUAUGCUGGAUAACAUCGAAUCCCAGGUCUCUAGUGCCAUCGACCAUGUGCAAAAUGGCACAGUCGCUCUCCAGAAGGCGAAGAAGCUGCAAAAGAAUUCUCGCAAGUGGAUGUGCAUAGCCAUCAUUAUCCUUCUCCUAAUUGUCGUGAUCAUUGUGGUGGCCGUCUUAAAGCCAUGGAGCAAGGGUGGAUAGCUUGGGCCAGCUGUAAAUCAUACCUAUACAAUAAAAUGUUCCUUCUUAUGUGCAAUAUAUAUUUGUUUGUUUCCUAAAAAUAGGAGCUUUAUGGUGUAUUGUUGUUUCUUCUCACUGGUCUUUCUUUCCUUUCGUCGUUUGACUCAUUUGUGGAAGCAUAUCGGAUGCUAUUUUAUUUGUAAGGUAAACUCUGCGUGUGUUAUGCGAUCAUUUUUGUUUCUCUAGA